AUGUCCUAUUAGCAAAAGAAUAAAUAUUUGCAUCUGGUUGAUAUUGAUUCGAAAGGACGUGUGACAACGUGCCGGAUACCCGGGCCGGAGGUAGUUGAAGAUAUAAUUAAUUAUUGAUUGAUGCAAUAAAUGUAGCUAGUUUCGCAUGUGCGUGGAACAUAGAUGGCUCUGUGGAAAUGCAUAAAAAUAUGCAAGGAUUGGAAAUGCGCCGACAACUAGAGCUGCAUUUCCCAGUCUCCGGGAACCUGGAUCCUGGGCAUCAUCCUCCGUCUCGAGAAUGGUAAGCAAACAGUACAAGACGAAGACAAAAACUUAUUUUUCGUAAUAAGAUGCAAACGAUCUUCAAAUUCUACAAAUUCCCGAAACCGAAUUCCUCGGAUGGAACACUUCAAACAGCCACCGCUUUCCGACUGGGCCUGUGGAUUCAAAUUCUCGGGAAGCAGCAUCUCUCCAUGGAAGAACUAUCGGAGUCUUACAUCUGCUACAAGCAUUUCCAUUCAGGAAAACCGGCGGAGGAUGGUGAGUUCUAUGAUCCGGAUUAUCUUCCCACGCGUUUAUUGCAACCAGCCACUCAGGAGAGUUACUUCAUCAAGUGGAGUAUACUAUUUGAGAACGCGUGGAUGCAAUGGAUAGCCUUCGUUCCAAAAGCCGGACAAUACAUAUAUCCUUGCUACGCUUGCCGGGACUUUUUCGGGAACAAAACAUCGUUUUUGGAGCACAUAAAUAGAAGGAGUUUGCUCUUGAAGUAUCAAUGCCUCGAGUGUCAAACGGAGAUCAUCUUCUAUAACCCAUGUGCGUUUAUACUACACGCUAGUCAGCAUGUUUAUCCCAAAAGUGUCGAAAUUGACCUGGAUUGUGUUACAAUAACGAUGAUACUAUUUGACGCUGUAGGGUAUUUACCGCAUGAAGACUUUCCUGAUAUUACAUAUUUGGGAAUCGAUGAUAUCGACCAAGGGAUCAAUUUGAAAUCGAAUUUCUACAUGGCUUCUAAUACUAGUAGAGGCAAACAGAUCGUGCACUUGAUUCCUCAGCAAUUUGAUAUUCUGGUGGAAAACUCUUCAAAGAUAUUGAUUUUGAAGCAGAAGAAUAUAAACAUUCCUUAUUGCAAAUUCUUAGAUUUACGUAACAACAUUGAUGAUCAGGAUGUAAUAAAUAAAGACCAAGUAGAAUGCCCGGAAUGCAAGAACACUUUCUUGGGUAAGAUUCAAGAUCACAUCGCUUCAUCCGACAGACCUUUCGAUGAGCUACUAAAAUGCCACCUCUGCAAGUAUUUAGCUGCAUCUACAUGCUCUCUAAAAGCCUACGUGCGAACGCACCAAAAGAAACCGCCGUUCGUGUGUCCAGAAUGCGGAGAAGAAUUCCUCCUUUACAUUCAUCUCUCCGAGCAUCUCGAUAACAUCUGCUUCCAUCCGCAUAAGAGUAUCAGGUACAAGUGUCCAGCUAUGAACUGUUCGAAGAUAUUCGCAUACUCGGCCUAUUUUGUUCAGCACUUUAAGAACCACUUAGAAACUUACUCUGUCUGCAACAAAUGCCAAAACAAAUUUCGCAACCAGUCUGAUUUUAAGUUGCAUUCGGGAUGCGAUGGUAAGAGCUUCUUGGAAUACCGUUGCAACGUUUGCAAAGACAAUAAAAUCUUCUUUAAGAACAAUUACAUUUACCACGUGAACCUUCACUGCCAAGACAUUAAUAUAAGAUUUUACGUCUGGAUUUGCAAAUACUGCAAGUGUUUAUUCAGACAAAAAGGAUAUUAUGCUACGCACAUGCACAGUUGUUGCAAACUAAAGGAAUAUAAUAUUAAGGAAUUAAAACAGAAGGAAUUGAGUAGUAAUUGCGAUACGCUAUUUUGCAAUUUGAACUGCUUGAAGUGCAGUGAACUAAUAUUAAAAGAAGACAUUGAAAAACAUGUUUGCAAUUCUGAAAAAUCUAAACAAAAUACAUCUGCAUAUCUAACUUGCGUCCAUUGUUGCUUUAAAACCAAAAAUCGUGACCAAUUCAUAAGUCAUAUACAUCUUCAUAAAAGUGAUUUCGCACUUCAAUGUUUGAUGUGUGGAGAUUUUCAAACGACCAAAUGGCGUCUGUUAAAGCAUAUCAUUUUUAGUCACAGGGUAAAAAAUGCAAGGGAGUUCUUCUCGAUUAAGUCCCAAUCCAAAUUAAAUUAUUUAAAG